AUGAGAAGCCCCAACGUCCUGCUGACCGGGACUCCUGGUGUUGGGAAAACAACUCUUGGCAAAGAGCUUGCAGAGAAAUGUGCCCUUACCUACGUAAAUGUUGGAGAUCUGGCAAAGGAAGGCAAUCUGUAUGAAGGCUAUGAUGAAGAAUAUGACUGCCCUAUUCUUGAUGAAGACCGAGUGAUCGAUGAGCUGGAGGAUAAAAUGAGUGAUGGUGGAGUCAUUGUAGACUAUCACGGUUGUGACUUUUUCCCAGAGAGAUGGUUCCACAUCGUGUUUGUGCUGAGAACAGACAAUUCCUUGUUGUAUGAGAGGCUGGAAAGCAGGGGAUACAAGGAAAAAAAACUUCAAGACAACAUCCAGUGUGAGAUCUUCCAGACUAUUUAUGAAGAGGCGGCAGAGUCCUACCGAUCAGAAAUCAUUCAUCAGCUGCCCAGUAACACACCAGAAGACCUCGAGAAGAACCUGGACCAGAUCACACUGUGGAUUCAGCAGUGGAGGAUCGACAAUAACUAAAUUGUGGACACAGACUCUGGUUCUUAUACCAUGAGUGAUGCUUGGCGUGGCAGAACAUACGUUAAAGUGUGUGUCACUGAAUUUACAGAGCAGUUAUUUCUAUAGAACAGAUUUGAUGUAUAUAUUGUAAAGUAGUCAAAUUAUUAAAUAUGUAUCUUCAUAAGAUUAGAGCCAGUUGGAGGUGGCUGAGCUUCUUGUUGGUCUUACUGGAUGCAGGUUUAGG